AUGCCAGGACGGGUCCUGCCGACUUUCACACCUGCCGAGGUUGAAUCGCAUAACAGCGCUAAAUCGUGCUUCAUCGCUAUCGGUCGCAAUGUCUACGAUGUCACCGAGUUCGUGGAGGAUCACCCCGGUGGUGGUGAUCUGAUUCUGGACCAUGCAGGCAAGGAUGUGGCGGAGAUCAUGAAGGAUGAAAUUUCUCACGAGCACUCCGAAGCUGCGUACGAAAUUUUGAUGGACUACCAUGUUGGAUUUAUCUCUUCGGAUGCAUCCGGAAAGGUCAAGGCGUCUGGCGUCGACAAUGAGGAGACCGAUUCUCAGCUGGUUUACGAAGGCACCGGCAUGUCCCGGGAAGAGGAUUUGUCGAUCGAUACGGACUAUUCACAGGACUACAAGACACACAAGUUCCUGGACCUCAACAAGCCAUUGUUCGCUCAGCUUUGGUAUAGCAACUUCUCCAAGGAGUUCUAUCUCGAGCAGAUCCACCGGCCUCGGCACUAUAAGGGAGGCGCAUCUGCCCCGCUCUUUGGCAACUUCCUCGAGCCCCUCAGUAAGACUGCCUGGUAUGUGGUGCCUCUGAUCUGGCUGCCACCAGUCUUCUAUGGGACUAUGGUUGGAGCACAGGGUCUGGGAGACCCUACUGUGGCUGCCGCAUACUGGAUCGGUGGUGUUUGUCUCUGGACUCUGAUCGAGUACCUCAUGCACCGCUUCCUUUUCCAUGUUGAUAAUUGGCUCCCGGACAACCGAGUUGGUCUGACCCUGCAUUUCCUCCUCCACGGCAUUCACCACUACCUGCCCAUGGACCGCUAUCGACUAGUCAUGCCCCCAACACUCUUUGUUAUUCUCGCAGCUCCUUUCUGGAAGCUCGCCCAUGCCGUCUUCUUCUACAACUGGUUUGCGGCCGUUCAAGUGUUCUGCGGAGGUGUCUUUGGCUACAUCUGCUAUGAUUUGACUCACUAUUUCCUCCACCACCGCAACCUUCCUUUGUACUACAAGGAGCUCAAGAAGUACCACCUCCAGCACCACUACGCUGACUUCGAGAACGGAUUUGGCGUCACCAGCCGAUUCUGGGAUCGAGUCUUUGGUACUGAGUUGGAGACGCCAGCCCCAAAGGGAGCGAAAGCUCAGUAA